AUGUCCGCCGCCAAGCCCACUUUCGUUCUCGCGCCUGGUGCGUGGCACAAGGAGACCUGCUACUCCCCCGCCCAGCAGAUCCUCGAGUCUCGAGGCUAUCCCGUCGAGGCCGUUGCCUACCCCUCCGUGGGCGCCGAGCCCCCGACCAAGGGCCUGAACGACGACGCCGCCGCCGUCAGGGCCGUCCUUGAGAGACUUGCCGACGAGGGCAAGGAGAUCGUCCUGGUGGUCCACUCGUACGGCGGCCUCGUCGGCGCCAACGCCGUCAAGGGCCUCGGCUACAAGCAGCGCGCCAAGGAGGGCAAGAAGGGCGGCGUCAUCACCUUCGUCUACCUCACUGCCUUCGUGGUGCCCGCUGGCAAGUGCAUCAGAGAGAUGCUCGGCGGCCAAUUCCUGCCGUGGAUGAAGAUUGAGGGCAACUAUGUCCACGCCCUGACCCCGGAGGAGGUCUUCUACCACGACGUCGAGCCCGAGACCCAGAAGAAGGCCAUCGAGGCGCUGCAGCACCAGUCCGCCGUCGUGUUCGACGACGUCGUCACCUACGAGCCGUGGCACGACAUCGACUCCAUGUACUUCUUCUGCGACGACGACAAGGCGAUCCCCCUCGUCGUCCAGCAGAACAUGGCCGGCCUCCUGGGACCCAACGCCAUCACGUACUCGUCCAAGGCCUCGCAUUCUCCUUUCCUCUCCAAGCCCGAGGACGUCGCGGAGGGGCUGGAGAUCGCCGCCAAGGUUGGGCAGGAGAGAGUCCGGGCUUAA